AUGAUGGGUCCCACUUGUGAGUCCUUCUUCAAACAACCGGCCCGAGCCCCGCGUGUCGGGUACUUGAACAUCUGUGGAUUUUUCUGCGAUAAGUUGGGAUCCGGUCGCAGGGUCUUGCUGCCAAAGAUCGCAGUCCGGUCGCAGAAUACCAUUGUGCUGGCCUGCAUUUCGAUCACAGCGUGGCUUGUCGUCGCGUGGCCAUUCUUGAUGCGAAGAUCGCAGCCCAGUAGCGCUGCACAACUUCAAGACACACGGGUAGGGAAGGCACCAGGAUCAUCCAGCGAGUCACUAGUUGCCAAUGGACUUCCCUUGGAGAUCCAGCGGAUCUCCAGACAUGUGAACCCUUGGAAGGUCCUGAGGUUUUCUGGAGUGAAGUUGCUCUUAGUGUUACUCUGGAGUUAA